CGAAAGGCAAAAAAAAUGCGCGUCGGGAAAGAGGCGGUGGCUAAGGCGACGCCGCUUCCGCCCGGCCCCAAGAUGGCGGCGCCCUUUGUCUGUUCCGUGUCACUCUGAGCGCCGCCACCGCCGCCGCCGCCGCCGGUCGGGAUUAUGUGACGCGCCCGGAUGGCAGCCAUGGACUUCCCUCAGCACAGCAAGCAAGUGCUGGAGCAGCUGAACCAGCAGCGGCAACUGGGCCUGCUCUGCGACUGCACUUUUGUGGUGGACGGCAUCGACUUCAAGGCCCACAAGGCGGUGCUGGCAGCCUGCAGCGAGUACUUCAGGAUGCUCUUUGUGGACCAGAAGGAUGUGGUGCACCUGGACAUCAGUAAUGCGGCAGGUCUUGAGCAGGUGCUGGAGUUCAUGUACACGGCCAAGCUAACCCUGAGCCUGGAGAAUGUGGAAGAUGUCCUGGCCGUGGCUGGUUUUCUUCAGAUGCAGGAGAUCAUCAGCGCCUGCAACUCGCUGAGGGCUCUGUCGGGGCCGGCAGAAACCGCCGCCGAGCGCCCUGAGGCCCCAGCAGUGGCUGGGCAGGAGAAAACAGCUGGUGGAGUUGCUGAGGAGACGGAAGCCCUCAGGGAGCCGGAGGAGACCCCCCAGUCCCCACGCAGUGCCCUCCAGCAGGGCAAGGGGAUGGAUCGUGCAGAGGAGCAGGAGGAGGAGGAAGCGGAGGCGGCCAUGGGGGAGGCGAGCAGCGGGGCUGGCAAGGGUCCAGCUGCAGACAAGGCCACAGGAGACAUCUCCUCUGGAGAGCCUGAGAACCCGCAGCCAGAUGGUCCUGCCCCUGGAGAAACCAGCCCCACCUCAGAAUGCCUCCCCUCGAGCCCCCCUGAGGCAGAGCCCUCUGUACUGAAGCUCCCUGCUGAGAUGGAGGUGGAGCUGGAAGGCAGAGAAGAGGAAGAGGUGGAAGAGGCUGAGCCAAACGCCCAAACCCACGAGGCACAGUUGGCCAACGGCAACACUCCAGAGGAGACUGAGUCAGGGGGCACAGACUCCGGGCAGGAGAACAGUGGGGAGGCCAGGCUGCUGCGCUCGGGGACGUACAGCGACAGGACGGAGUCAAAAACCUACGGGUCGGUCACGCACAAGUGCGAGGACUGCGGAAAGGAAUUCACUCACACCGGCAACUUCAAGCGCCACACCCGGAUCCAUACCGGGGAGAAGCCCUUCUCCUGUCGAGAGUGCAGCAAAGCCUUCUCUGAUCCAGCCGCCUGCAAGGCCCAUGAGAAAACACACAGCCCCCUGAAGCCAUACAGCUGUGAGGAGUGUGGCAAGAGCUAUCGCUUGAUCAGCCUCCUCAACUUGCACAAGAAGCGACACACAGGAGAGGCCAAGUACCGCUGCGAGGACUGCGGCAAGCUCUUCACCACCUCCGGCAACCUGAAGCGCCACCAGCUGGUCCACAGCGGCGAGAAGCCCUACCAGUGUGACUACUGCGGCCGCUCUUUCUCUGACCCCACCUCCAAGAUGCGCCACUUGGAGACCCACGACACAGACAAGGAGCAUAAGUGCCCCCACUGCGAGAAGAAGUUCAACCAGGUGGGGAACCUGAAGGCCCACUUGAAGAUCCACAUUGCCGACGGGCCGCUGAAGUGCCGGGAGUGCGGGAAGCAGUUCACCACCUCAGGCAACCUGAAGAGGCACUUGCGCAUCCACAGUGGUGAGAAGCCGUACAUCUGCAUCCAUUGCCAGCGGCAGUUUGCCGACCCUGGGGCUCUGCAGCGCCACGUCCGCAUCCACACGGGCGAGAAGCCCUGCCAAUGCCUCAUCUGCGGCAAGGCGUUCACGCAAGCCAGCUCCCUGAUUGCGCAUGUGCGCCAGCACACUGGAGAGAAGCCGUAUGUGUGUGAACGCUGCGGCAAGAGGUUUGUCCAGUCCAGCCAGCUGGCCAAUCACAUCCGCCACCACGACAACAUCCGCCCCCACAAGUGCAGCGUCUGCAACAAAGCGUUUGUGAACGUCGGUGACCUCUCUAAGCACAUCAUCAUCCAUACAGGAGAGAAGCCGUUCCUGUGUGACAAGUGCGGGCGUGGGUUCAACCGUGUGGACAACCUUCGCUCUCACGUCAAGACGGUCCACCAGGGCAAAGCCGGCAUGAAGGUGCUCGAGCACGGGGAAGGAGACGAGUUCGACAUUGUGACGGUGGCCUCUGAUGAGAUGGUGACGCUAGCCACGGAAGCGCUGGCAGCCACGGCAGUCACUCAGCUCACGGUGGUCCCUGUUGCCGCGCCUGUCACAGCUGACGAGACAGAAGCGUUGAAGGCUGAAAUCACAAAGGCUGUGAAGCAAGUGCAGGAAGCAGACCCCAAUACCCAAAUCCUCUACGCUUGCGAUUCCUGCGGGGAGAAGUUCCUGGAUGCCAACAGCCUUGCGCAGCACGUGCGCAUCCACACAGCACAGGCCCUGGUCAUGUUCCAGGCAGAUACAGACUUUUACCAGCAGUAUGGAGCUGCCAGCUGGCAGCCUGAGCAGGUCAUCCCUUCAGGGGAGCUGCUCUUCCGCACGCGGGACGGGGGGGACGCACAGCCCUCCUCCCUGCCAGAGGCCCCGCAGAUGGCAGAGUGAGAGGAGCAGGCUGGACGGACAGUCCCCUCACAGGGGCAGUGGAACUGGUACGUUUGUACGACAGCUGACUGGGCUCAUCGGCACAUGGUUUGGUCCUAAGGUGCUGCCGGUGGCCCUCCGCAUCCUACCCCAAACACCGCCAGCAUCACUUACAAGCAUCUAUUUAAAAAGGAGACAGUGCUAUGCGAUACUGAUGUAAAAAAAAUGAAAUUAUUUCUGUAUUUGAGAGAGUCUACAUCUGUGUUAAUAUUUAGAAGAAAUAAAGACCAUUAUUUUCUAA